UGCCUGCCCGCCUGCCUGCCUGCCUGUCUCUCUCUCUCCGGCUCCCUCCUCCUCCUCCUCCUCGUGCGCUCUCCAGCCCCCUCUCCCUCCCUCCCUCCCUCCCCUCUCUCUCUCCUCUCUCUCUCCCUCGCUCGAUCCGCCGCUCACUUCUGUCUCAAUAUGUCUCAAGAUGGCGGCCAAUGUGGGAUCGAUGUUUCAAUAUUGGAAGCGCUUUGAUUUACAGCAGCUGCAGGUCAGGCUCCGGGGUCCGCUCGCGGAGGGAGCUUGAUGCCACAGCGACAGUGUUGGCAAACCGCCAAGAUGAAAGUGAACAAUCAAGAAAGAAGCUUAUUGAACAAAGCCGUGAGUUCAAGAAAAACACUCCAGAGGACCUGCGCAAACAGGUAGCUCCACUACUGAAAAGUUUCCAGGGCGAGAUUGAUGCUUUGGGCAAAAGAAGCAAAGAAGCCGAGGCAGCAUUCUUGAAUGUCUACAAGAGAUUAAUUGAUGUUCCAGAUCCCGUACCAGCUCUGGAUCUGGGGCAGCAGCUCCAGCUGAAAGUCCAGCGCAUGCACGAUAUUGAAACAGAGAACCAGAAACUUAGAGAAACGCUUGAGGAGUACAACAAAGAAUUUGCAGAAGUGAAAAAUCAAGAGGUGACAAUAAAAGCACUUAAAGAGAAAAUCCGGGAAUAUGAGCAGACCCUGAAGAACCAAGCGGAGAACAUUGCUCUUGAGAAGGAACAAAAGUUGCAGAAUGACUUUGCUGAGAAAGAAAGAAUGUUGCAAGAGACGCAGGUUUCGACAGCCUCAAAGCUGGAGGAGGCUGAACACAAAGUGCAAGCGUUGCAAACAGCCUUGGAAAAGACACGGACGGAGUUAUUUGACCUGAAGACAAAAUAUGAUGAGGAAACAACGGCAAAGUCUGAUGAAAUUGAGAUUAUCAUGACAGACCUUGAAAGGGCAAAUCAGAGAGCAGAGGUAGCUCAAAGAGAAGCCGAAUCCCUGAGGGAGCAGCUCUCAUCCGCUAACAAAUCUCUCCAGCUAGCUACCCAGAUCCAGAAAGCACCCGAUGUGGAGCAGGCCAUCGAGGUGCUGACAAGAUCCAGCUUGGAAGUAGAACUGGCUGCAAAAGAGCGUGAAAUCGCUCAGCUGGUAGAAGAUGUGCAGAGACUCCAAGGCAGCCUCACCAAGCUCCGGGAAAACUCCACCAGCCAGAUCUCUCAGCUUGAGCAGCAGCUGACCGCCAAGAACAGCACACUCAAACAACUGGAAGAAAAAUUGAAGGUGCAAGCUGACUAUGACGAGGUUAAGAAAGAAUUGAACAUCUUGAAGUCCAUGGAGUUUGCACCCUCUGAUGGCUCCAGCACACAGGAUGCUGCAUCCAAACCACUGGAAGUCCUGCUGCUGGAAAAGAACCGCCUGCUACAAUCGGAGAACGCCACGCUCCGUAUCACAAACAGUGACCUGAGCGGGUCAGCCAGGAGAAAAGGGAAAGACCAGCCUGAGAGUCAGCGUCCUGCAACCUUGCCGGCCUCCCCUCCUCCUCAGUUGCCCCGCAAUGCAGGGGAGCAGGCUUCCAAUACUAAUGGUACACAUCAGUUCUCACCAACGGGUUUAAGUCAAGACUUUUUCAGCUCAUCCUUGGCAAGCUCCGGCUUACCCCUGGCUUCUACAGGAAAAUUUGCACUAAACUCUCUCCUCCAGCGCCAGCUUAUGCAGUCCUUCUACUCCAAGGCAAUGCAGGAAGCAGGAAGCACAAGCAUGAUUUUUUCAGCAGGUCCCUACAGCACAAACUCCAUAUCUUCCCAAAGCCCCUUGCAACAAAGCCCGGAUGUCAACGGCAUGGCCCCGUCCCCCAGCCAGUCUGAAAGCACUGGCAGCGCCUCGGAAGGCGAGGAGAUUGACACGGCCGAAAUUGCACGUCAGGUCAAAGAGCAAUUGAUCAAGCACAAUAUUGGACAGCGGAUCUUUGGACACUAUGUCUUGGGGCUCUCGCAAGGCUCCGUCAGCGAGAUCCUGGCUCGGCCCAAGCCUUGGAACAAGCUCACGGUGAGAGGCAAGGAACCGUUCCACAAGAUGAAGCAGUUCCUGUCGGACGAGCAGAACAUCUUGGCGUUGCGCAGCAUCCAGGGAAGGCAAAGAGAGAAUCCAGGCCAGAACCUGAACAGGCUAUUUCAGGAAGUACCGAAACGAAGAAAUGGGUCGGAAGGUAACAUCACCACAAGAAUCCGAGCCACAGAGGCAGGCUCUGAUGAAGCUAUCAAAUCCAUCCUAGAGCAAGCAAAAAGGGAGCUGCAGGUACAAAAAACAGCUGAGCCGGCUCAGCCACCUUCCACCUCGAGCACUGGUGGAUCCGACGAUGCCAUCCGCUCCAUUCUGCAGCAAGCGCGGCGAGAGAUGGAAGCACAGCAGGCCGCCCUCGAACCUGCCUUAAAAGCAACCCCUCUGUCCCAAGCUGAGAUCUCCAUCUUGUCCCCAAAACUUGUCCCCACGCCCGCCAUUUCUUCGGUCGCCAGUUAUUCCCCCCUGGCCAUGUCCUUGAAGAAGCACUCGUCGUCUGUGGAUUCCAGCAUCUCCUCCCUGCAGACUCUCUCUGGUCUGAAGAAGGAGGCCCAAGAGGCCCCCAUCCUGGACCUCCACGGGAUGUCUGAUUCAACGCAAGGGGUGCUGAGGCACGUUAAAAAUGAACUGGGGCGCAGCGGGGUGUGGAAGGACCACUGGUGGAACACUGUGCAGCCUGACAGAAGGAAUGCCGCCCCUCCAGAUGACCCCAAAGUGGAGGAAACCACCAGCGGGAAGGAGAAGGCCAACAGCCAAUCUCGGUCGGACCGUAACCAGCAGCUUCAAGGGCCUUCCUCUUCGGACUACUGGAAAGAGUGGCCCAACGCGGAGUCACCCUAUUCCCAGAGCUCUGAACUGAGUGUGACAGGGGCGAGCCGCAGUGAGACGCCGCAGAACAGCCCCCUCCCUUCCUCCCCCAUUGUCUCUUUAGCAAAGCCAUCUAAACCUUCCGUUCCUCCAUUGACCCCCGAGCAGUAUGAGAUUUAUAUGUACCAGGAAGUGGAUACAAUAGAGCUAACCCGUCAGGUCAAAGAGAAGCUAGCGAAGAACGGCAUCUGCCAAAGGAUAUUUGGGGAAAAGGUGCUGGGCCUCUCCCAGGGCAGCGUCAGUGACAUGCUGUCCCGGCCAAAGCCAUGGAGCAAGUUGACGCAGAAAGGCCGCGAGCCAUUCAUCCGCAUGCAGCUCUGGCUAAACGGUGAACUGGGGCAGGGAGUCUUGCCAUCCCAAGGACAGCCCCAAGGCCAGGUUCUUCACUCUGUGUCAUCACUGCAAGAUUCCCUUCAGCAGGGAUGCGCAAGCUCAGAAAGCACCCCAAAGACAUCUGCCAGCUGCAGUCCUGCUCCCGAGUCCCCCAUGAGCUCCAGCGAAUCUGUGAAGAGCCUGACGGAACUGGUCCAGCAGCCGUGUCCUGCCAUAGAGACAAGUAAGGAGGGCAAGCUGCAGGAGUCGAGUGAGGCGUCCGCUUCAGAGUCCCAGUCCACAACGCCAUUGCCCCUCUCUGGCCAUUCAUCACUCAGCAUUCAAGAACUGGUCGCUAUGUCACCGGAACUGGAUACCUACGGCAUCACAAAGCGGGUCAAAGAGGUGCUCACAGACAACAACUUGGCGUGGCUGACAAGCCUAAAACGCAGCAGAAGAGGCAAGAAAUGUACCCCAAACCUUGCAUUAGGUCAGCGUCUGUUUGGGGAGACAAUCCUGGGGCUAACACAAGGUUCAGUCUCAGAUCUGCUGGCACGUCCCAAGCCCUGGCACAAGCUGAGCUUGAAGGGCCGGGAGCCAUUUGUUCGCAUGCAGCUAUGGCUCAACGACCCCAACAACGUGGAGAAGUUGAUGGACAUGAAACGCAUGGAAAAGAAAGCGUACAUGAAACGAAGGCACAGCUCAGUCAGCGACAGCCAGCCUUCGGAGUCUUCUUCGGCGGGCAUCGAUUACAGCCAGGGGGCCAGUCCACAGCCGCAGCAUCAGCUAAAGAAGCCGCGAGUCGUGUUGGCCCCAGAAGAGAAAGAAGCUCUGAAGCGAGCCUAUCAGCAAAAGCCAUACCCAUCACCAAAAACCAUUGAGGAGCUCGCCACACAGCUCAACUUGAAGACCAGCACCGUCAUUAAUUGGUUCCACAAUUACAGGUCUCGCAUUCGCCGAGAGCUCUUUAUCGAAGAGAUCCAAGCGGGAGGCCAGAGCCAGGCUGGCUCCAGCGACUCUCCUUCGGCCAGAAGCAGCCGGGCAGUUCACAGCUCCGAAGGAGACAGUUGUGAUGGGGUUGACGCGGAGGGCCCGCCCGACGGGAAGCCGGGAAGCCGCCUGGAAGCCGACGAGUACAGCAGCAACACAACCACAAAGUCUCAGGGAGGGCGAGCAGCGUCAGCUUUCGAUGCAGGGGAAGAGGCACUGCGAGACGCCGGAUCUUCGGAGAAAACGGAGACAUUCCACUUGGGGGCGGAGAGCCUGGACGACACUGACGACGAGGGGAGGCUCCGAGCGCCGCGUCCGAGUUCUCCGCCGGGCUCCCUACAUUCAGGAGAAACUCUGGAGACGACGCCAAACUCUGCUCCAGAAGAGGAUGCCUCUACCUCAGCUGCCUCCACCUCGCUCCUUGCAGGGGAGAGCUCCUGCAAGGCCGCAGGGGAACGUGUGGAGAAAAUUCCCAUUGUGCCAAGUACCAGCUCCACGCCAGCCACCAGCUCCCUCCAGACCCUGUUCGGCUUCUCCGAGGCGGUUUGCUCGAAGAACACGCGGGACAACACCUUGAGGAAAAAGAAGGCAGCGAAUUUGAACAGCAUAAUCCACCGCCUAGAGAAGGCCGCAAGUCGAGAGGAGCCCGUGGAGUGGGAGUUUUGAGAUUAAGCUCACCCAACUCUGAGGAGCUGGGGAAGUAAAACACAAAAAACAAAAACACACACACACAAAAACACUUGGACCUCUUCUGGUUUUAAUUGUGUCCCGCACUUACAGCCCUGCAGGCCACGGGGCAAAAAUGCCAUAGGCCAAGGUGCAUAUAGAGAACGAAAGGAGCGUUUCAGCCCAGUUUUAUGUUUGUGUUUUCAAGGACGAAAACUGAAAAUGUGUAGUCGAGCUUUUUGUACCCCGAAGUGUUUCUAUUAAUUGCCCUAAAGUGAUUUUCCACAGUUUCUGGGGAAGAAAAAAAAACUCAUACAGCUUUUGCCUUCUGCCCUCCUCUUUGGUGUGGGCUUUAAAACUAAAAAAAAAAAAUUAUAUACAAACAAGAAGAAGAAGAAAAAUUAAACCCACAUAUUUAAAAGGGGGGCUUUUUAUCCGCCAUCUAAUGGCUAAACAGAGUGAUAAUAAUACACUAUUAUCUUCUUUAAGCAGGAAAACCGAAAAAAGAUGGAAGGGGAGAUUUUUUGAGAAAAAGAAAAAAAGGUUUUUUGUAGCUGUUCAGUUGCCACUAAGAGAUUGCACAGUCAACCCGACUCUAAACACACUAGUUUGAAUUCCUAAAUAUUUUCAAGAAAAGAAUAUUGUUUAAAACUUGGGAUUUAAAAAAAAUACACAUUUACUCCUCGUAUUUUUUAAACAAAAGAGAAAAGUCACAUCAGGAAAAUAUCUUAAUUUGUGGUAGCUGACUUCAGUGUUUUUCUUGUAAAGUGGAAUAGAAAAUUGACUUGUAGUGCACAUCGUUUCAUAGCUUUAACCAAUUCUGGUCUCUUUAUGGGCUGGGAUUUGUUUAAUACACUCCAUUUUAGGCCAAAUCAGGACAGAAAAAGGAAGAAAUCUGAAAAAAAAAUAAAUCUGAAAUCUAGGUAUUUUAUAAUCUGCUUUUUAACCUCUAACCACAGAGCACGCAGAUCAGACCUCAUUUCUAGGAGGUGUGGGAGACAGCUUGGAAUGGGUACUUGAUCGGAUCAGUUUGAAUUGCGUCAUGCCAGCCUUGCAAAUCAGUUACAAGUCCUCAGCCUGCCUAGUCACACAUGCCUACAUUAGUCACUUGUGCCCUAUGGGAAAAGAACCACCAGCUUUUGAAAGAAAUUAGCUCACUUGGUUGCAGACAGGUGGGUGUCAUAAUGAGCCUACGUUAUACGUAGGACCUUGGCAGGGUGGUGGUGUUGACUAGAAAGAUGGAAGCGUUUGGCUGAUACCACUUUGGGAAGAGUGGAGGUGCAUCUUGCAGUGAGAAGCACUUAGAACAUGAGUGGGGAGCCUGUGGCCCUUGAGUUGAUGUUUGACUACAACUCCCACCAACCCUGUCCAUUGACCGUGCCAGCUGGGGCUGAUGGGAGUCGGAGUCCAGCAACAUCUGAAGGGCGAUGGGUUCCCCACUCCUGACUGACAAUGAGCUGUCUUGAUGGCAGGCGGUGAGAUCAGUCACUGGGCACUUUCUUGUUCUCACAUCCCACUAAGAUACAAAAGGACCUUUCAGCACCCUUAACUAAUUGGUUAAUCACUGGCUGUGGUCCCACAGCAAGCACUGAUUUCUCUCUUAAGUUUCAGUUGUGGGAUUAUCAUUAUUAUUAUUAUCACCAUCCUUUUAUGGUGGGGGGGUGUCCUCAUUAACAAAAAGAGGAAAGGCUUUCAGGAGGAGCCCGUGGCAUUCGGUAAUCGCAACGUAAACCACGGAACACCUAACCAAAACAUGCGCAGAAGCAUGGCGCCCAUCGCAAUUGUCAGCUCUUCCACUUUGUUUUGCAAAAGCUGCAAGGCUGAUCAAAGUACAAAAUCAAAUUUCCAAAUUGUCUCUGACGCCUCCUGUUGUCUAUGUGUAUAUGCGUGAGCAUAGAGCCGUGUGGAAAGCCGAGUGUGUGCGUGAGUGUGUGUGCAAUUUUAUACGUCUGUAUUUUCUUACGUACUUCUUGCACGCAUAGAGUGCAUUACUGCCACCUUUUUUCAAUAAGCUGUUUUAUCAGUUACGGCCUCUACAAGUUUGCUGAUUUAGACUCCUUUAUUGCCAUAUCUUUAAAACUAACGAUAGAACGAUUUCGGUAUAUAUAUAUUAUUUUUGCUUAUUUAUAGGUGCUGUAUUUUAUUAUCUGAUUGUUAGGGAUGAAAGGGGGCAAAUAUUCUUUAGAGGGAUAGACUGCCGGCAGUAUUGGGUAUAAUUUACAAGAUGUAGUUGUCAUACUGUAUAUUAUUGACAGACUUUUUCUUUUCUUUUCUUUCAUUUUUUGGGGUCCGUAUUGUGUAUCAUGGAAAACUUUGUCUUAGGUCAACAUCUUUUGAUGACACUUUAAUGGUGCAUUCAUUGCUUCUUAAGUUCUAAUUAAUAUUUUUUCUUUGUGAUAUGGGGAGGGGGGCAGGGGGAAAGGUAUUCUGAGUUUUAAAAAUGUGUUCCCAACAUUACACCUCAACAUGCUUGAAGUUCAUUAGUAAUUGAUAUGGGGGGAGGGGCUACAAGAUGUGAAACCACCUUCCUUGCAUGUGUUUUUUUUAAAAAGGCAAUUGUGUAUUUUGCAGUCUCUUUACAAGGAUUGACAGCAGCACUUAGUUCAGAUCUUCACAAAUUUAAAUGUUUGGUAGCUUUAAAAGAAAAAAAUGCCUUUUCAUGGCCCAGGACGAAGGCUCUAGGAGGCUGCAAGGCAGGCUUGCUUUGACCACUUCUUGCUGUUAAUUUUAUAAUUUCGUAACUGUUUUGAGGGUCUGAAUGUCGGAGCUUGAGGUCCACCGACAGCUCUUGGUUUGUUCCAUCAUGAUCUGAGGAGACGUAUUUGCAAAAAUUGUGGCUGAUAUGAGAAUCUGGGCAGCAGAGAAAGCCCAGCUGUUCCAGAAGAAAAUCUGGAGAAGUAAAUAAGCGCUGGUGAUUCUUGACGUAGGCAUAAUCACCCUUUCCUAGCAGAUAAACCUUCUGCUCUUGGCACAUACAUGAAGGCCGUGGUACAGCGGCUCUUAACAUAGGCAUGGAAUUUUGCGUGAGCAUAUCAGAGUGGGACUCGUGACUAAGGGGUUGCUCAGCUUCUGCCGUAAGAAUUCCCCCCCUUGCUUCUCCAAACAGGAUCUGCCUCUCUUUCUCAAAUCUUCCUGUCAGCUUACCCAUCUUCACUUUAUCAGGGCCAAGCGUCUGAGUCGAUGAAGGAAUCCGUUCUUGCCUUCAGAUGUUUGUAUCUUUUCUUACAGCAAUAGAUCUCCCGUUCUGAUGUUUCCUCCCCUCCCAGAUAGAUAUGAGGAUGCUUGCCGCCGUCAGGGCCCCAUGAUUUGAUGUCUCCCCAUGGAAACCUGCAUCCCAUAACGUCGUUACUUGUGUGGUUUAGAGCAUGCCCUAGCCGAGCAGUCAGAGUUCUGCCACCCAUCCUGAUAAGCAAUAUUGAAGUGCCUUGAAAUAACAGAAUUCUGGUUGUCUUUCGUGUGCUGUGCUUCUCCUCCCCUCCCCACCCUGGUGCCUGUGGAGCAUAUCGUAAAUAUUGUGUAACCUUCUCUUUCCUUUUUUCCUCCCUAGGCCCAAGCAGAUCUGUCUCGUGUAAAAUCUAGAAGCAAAGCUUGCUUUAGUGCAGGUGGUUCAUUGCAGGGACCCUUAUUCACAGAACUGAAGCACUCUUAGGCCAAAUCAAAGAAGAUGUUGCCGCUCUGCCAGCAGCUGCAAAUUUGAAGCAGGAAAGCGCUUGAGAUUUCAGUAUAUAUUUGGCACUGUAUUGUCAUUUUGGUUCCUUCCAUCAUUUCUGUUUUGGCUUUGAAGGGAAAGGCUGGCAUAGACUCAGUAGAGAGAUUCCCCUAAAAGAAUCAUCUGUGCAAGGCUUUCUCCAUCCAAAAUCUGAUUCUUGUGUCUUUGGCAAGAAGGUUUUGGCUGGCUUUUCCAAUUAGUUCUCAACUAGGCUUGGUUGGAUUUUGGUCCUGGCGAGGUGUGCCAUUUGCAAUCCGGUUUUCAGUCUUGGGAAAUCUAGCAUAACGGCCCCGCUUCUGGCUGGCAAGUUCAUUGCAGUGCAAAGGAUUACAAACCAGUAGUUGUUAGUCACGGUGGUGAAAAACUACAUUAAGAGGUCACAUUUCAGCAAGUGUAGUUCUGUAUUGUACAGCACCUCAUCCACAGGCGCUUUCCCCGAUACUUUCUUUUACAGCAAACUUCUGGCAGUUUUUUUAAUGGCUGAAGCUUACUGCCAUGCAGUAGUUCCCUGCCAGCCCCCAGCCCCCCC